AUGUAUAUCCCCAACUCGCUGUGGACGUGGUCUUUUGCGAUCAUUACCGUUGUUCAAACCAUAAUUACUCUGGCUCUCGAAUGCUAUGUAUUCGCAAACUUCCAGAUUAACCUCAACCCAGCGGCCGACAAUAUUACUGCUUCCAAAACUAUCCCCACCUUCUUGGCACUUUACAGUUUCGGUUUCAUAUAUGAGUUGGUUCUCGUGUACGAUGCUCUGCGCAUGAAGAACACCAUUCAAAUCAUCGGCUUGUGCGUAUGCAAUGUUGGACUUUUAGUUUAUGGAGCAGUCCAAGUUCAGCAAAUCAAAGAUGCAGUUAGCGUUUUGACAGAUAAUAAUUCCAUCACGGAUAACAUUUGGGAGGAAUCGGAGCCUUUUCUCAUCGUCAUUCCAUGCAUCGUGGCUAUGGGAUCUUUCCUAAUGGUCAUCGUUGCAUGGAAACUCUACGACGAAUUCGCAUGGACGAUCUACAAACAUAUCAGCGCGGAUCUGCGAAUGAAGCGCCGAUAUCUGACGUAUCAGAUUUACAUCGCCCUGCUCAAGUUCGAUUUCUUCUUCUUCCUCGGAUUCACUGUCCAGUUUAUUGUCAUCAUUACAAACAAGCACGAUAUUGAAUUCGCUCUUACUCUCGCCGCUAUUCCAGUCACGAUCAUAAUUUUGGUGUGCGCCGCGAUCUUUGUACGACGAGAGACUUCGUUUGGAAUGAUUGUCAUUAUCCUUCUCUAUUUCGGAGCCAUGGCAUACUUCCUAUUCAAGCUGGUCCGCAUGUACCAGCCCUCGAGAUAUAAGGAAUACCUGAUGGAUCGACGAUCACUCACCUUCUUCGCUGUUAUCACACUGGUGCUCAUUGUGAUAACCAUCAUCAACGCCUGCAUGUGCAUGCACAACUUCCACAAGGGCUUGAAGCCUCACAUCAACAAAAAGAAGGCCGGAAAAGAAGAGGAAAAAACGACCGAGCUCUCCUCCAACAUCGCCGGCCAGAUGCCAAGCCGAAUGAUGAUCGAUUAAACAAACCCGUGUUACCAUACACACACUUCUUGGUUAUUAAGUUUAAGAUACCUAGCGAUGUUGGUUGUUUUGCUUUCCUGAUGAUUCUUGUUGAUUUUAUUUCCUUUCUCAUUUGUUUUUCCUUUCCUACCCUCACUCAUCCAAAGCGCUGUCAGCGUGAUAUUUACGACACUAUAUCCCCUCAGAUAUACAUAUCUAUCUGAUUAUGCCCACUCACGAAUGUGCAUCUCCUUUUUCAUGUACUGUAACUUGUUAUUAUAGAAAACUAAAUAAGUUCAUGAAUGGAGCGGAU